CCAGAUCGCGGAAGCUUGCUGUGCCUUUAAAGAAAGCAGACUCCUGGCUGUGACGCACUUCUGGCUGUCAGCCAGGAAGAUCGCUCCUGCCAGGCUGACUGAGAAGAAAACCAACAACUUUUCUUUUGUGUGUGGGGUUACUUUCCACUAGCCCCCCCUUCCUCCUCUCCUUUCAAGAUUUAAAUGCUAAUGGCGGAUUAAAACCUGUAGAUACGUUUGGCUUUGGGAGUCUGGUGCAUUGGGGUGACUGUUUAGUGUCACCAAAAUGACACUUCAUGCCACCCGGGCAGCGGCACUCCUUUCUUGGGUGAACAGUCUGCAUGUAGCCAGCCCCGUGGAGGCUGUGCUGCAGCUCCAGGACUGCAGCGUCUUCCUCAAGAUCAUUGAUGGCAUCCACAGCACUGAUGAGGGGCAGCAAAUCCUGCAACGGCCGGUGCCAGAGAGACUGGACUUUGUGUGCAGUUUUUUGCAAAAAAACCGAAAGCAUCCCUCUUCUCCGGAAUGCCUGGUGUCUGUGCAGAAGGUGAUGGAAGGGUCAGAGCUGGAAUUGGCCAAGAUGACCAUGCUCCUCUUAUACCACUCCACCAUGAGCUCCAAAAGUCCCAGGGACUGGGAACAAUUUGAGUAUAAGAUUCAGGCUGAGUUAGCAGUCAUUCUCAAAUUUGUGCUGGAUCAUGAGGACGGGCUAAACCUGAAUGAGGACCUGGAGAACUUCUUGCAGAAAGUUCCUAUCCCUUCCACCUGCUCCAGCGCCGCCUCUGAAGAGCUGUCUCCACCCAGCCACCAGGCCAAAAGGGAGAUUCGCUUCCUAGAGCUACAGAAGGUUGCCUCUUCCAGUGGGAACAACUUCCUCUCAGGUUCUCCGGCCUCCCCUAUGGGUGACAUCCUGCAGACCCCACAAUUCCAGAUGAGACGGCUGAAGAAACAGCUCACCGAUGAGAGAAAUAAUAGAGAUGAGUUGGAGCUGGAGCUGGCUGAGAACCGCAAGCUCCUUACAGAGAAGGAUGCGCAGAUAGCUGUGAUGCAGCAGCGCAUUGACCGCCUGGCUCUGCUCAACGAGAAGCAGGCAGCCAGCCCAUCAGAGCCCAGGGAGCUUGAGGAGCUCCGUGGCAAGAAUGAGAGCCUCACAGUGCGUCUCCAUGAAACUCUGAAGCAGUGCCAGGACCUGAAGACAGAGAAGAGCCAGAUGGAUCGCAAAAUUAACCAGCUUUCUGAGGAGAAUGGGGACCUUUCCUUUAAGCUACGGGAGUUUGCCAGUCACCUGCAGCAACUUCAGAGUGCCCUCAAUGAGCUGACAGAAGAGCAUAGCAAAGCCACUCAAGAGUGGGUGGACAAACAGGCCCAUCUUGAGAAGGAGCUCAGCACAGCCCUGCAGGACAAGAAAUGCCUUGAAGAAAAGAAUGAAAUCCUUCAGGGAAAACUUUCACAGCUGGAAGAACAUUUGGCCCAGCUGCAGGAGAACCCACCCCGGGAGAAGGGCGAAGUGCUGGGUGACGUCUUGCAGCUGGAAACGCUGAAGCAGGAGGCAGCCUCUCUCGCCGCGGACAACACCCAGCUCCGAGCCAGGGUGGAGGCUCUGGAGACCGAGCAGAGCCAGCGGGAAGCCAGGCUGCUCUCCGAGCGGGGCCACUUUGAAGAAGAAAAGCAGCAGCUGGCUGGCCUGAUUGCCGAGCUGCAGGGCUCCCUGUCCAACCUCAGCCAGGCCAAAGAAGAGGUGGAGCAGGCCUCUCAGGCUCAGGAGGCCAGGCUGUCUGCCCAGGUGACCACGCUGACCGCUGAGCUCACCACCUUCAAAGCCACUGUCCAGCAGCAGGAUCAAGAACUGGCUGGCCUGAAGCAGCAGGCCAAAAAGGAGCAGGCCCAACUAGCGCAGACCCUCCAGCAGCAAGAACAGGCCUCUCACGGCCUCCGCCAGCAGGUGGAGCAGCUGAGUAGCAGCCUGAAGCAAAAGGAGAAGCAGUUAGAGGAAGCUGCCCAGGAGCAGGAGGCAGCCAGGCGAGACCAUGCUCAGCAGCUGGCUGCUGCUGCUGAGGAACGGCAGGCCUCUUUAAGGGAGAGGGAGUCGGCCCUCCAGCAACUGCAGGUAUUGGAGAAGGAGAAGAGUGCCAAGCUAGAGGUCCUGCACCAGCAGCUUCAGGCUGCUAAGGAAGCCUGGGACAGUGCCCAGUCUUUGGUGACUCAGGUCCAGCAGGAGAAGGCAGAGCUGAGCCAAAAAGUGGAGGAACUUUGUACCUGUGUUGAGGCAGCCCGCCAGGAGCAGAGUGAGACCCAGGCCCAGGUGGUAGAGCUAAAGGCCCAGCUAAGGUCUGAGCAACAAAAAGCAACUGAGAGAGAAAGGGUGGCCCAGGAGAAGGGCCAGUUCCAGGAGCAGGUCCGAGCUCUUGAGGAGUCCUUGAAGAUCACCAGGGGUAGCCUAGAAGAGGAGAAGCGCAGGGCCGUGGACGCCCUGGAGGAGCGGCAGCAUCACAUCUCCAAGCUGGAGGCAGAGAUCCGGUGCCUGGUGGAACAGCAUAAGCAGGAGCGGAAGGAGCUAGAAGAAGAGCGGGCUGGGCGCAAGGGGCUGGAGGCCCGCUUACGGCAGCUUGGAGAGGCCCAUCAGGCUGAAACGAAAGCCCUGCGUCAGGAACUGGCAGAGGCCGUAGCCUCCCAGCGUGAAGCUGAGGGGGAGUGUGAACAGCUUGCCAAGGAGGUGGCCACCUGGCGUGAGCGGUAUGAAGACAGCCAGCAGGAGGAGGCACAGUACGGUGCCAUGUUCCAGGAGCAGCUGAUGACCCUGAAAGAGGAAUGUGAGAAGGCCCGCCAGGAACUACAGGAGGCCAAGGAGAAGGUGGCAGGGAUGGAGGCCCACAGUGAGCUCCAGAUAAGCCGGCAGCAGAGUGAACUAGCUCAGCUACAUGCCAACCUGGCCAGGGCCCUCCAGCAGGUCCAGGAGAAGGAGGUGAGGGCCCAGAAGCUUGCAGAUGACCUCUCCGCUCUGCAGGAGAAGAUGGCCGCCACCAGCAAGGAGGUGGCCCGCCUGGAGGCCUUGGUGCGCAAGACAGGGGAGCAGCAGGAAACAGCCCCCCGCGAGCUACUCAAGGAGCCCCCGAGGGCAGGAGACAGAGAGUCAGAGUGGCAGGAAGAGCGACAGGGACGCCAGUUCUGCAGCACACAGGCUGCACUGCAGGCCAUGGAGCGGGAGGCAGAGCAGAUGGGCAGUGAACUGGAGAGACUGAGGGUUGCACUGAUGGAGAGCCAGAGCCAGCAGCAGGAGGAGCGUGGGCAGCAGGAGAAGGAGGUGGUGCGCCUAACCCAGGAGCGGAGCCGAGCCCAAGCUGACCUGGCCCUGGAGAAGGCCGCCAAGGCAGAGCUGGAGAUGCGGCUGCAGAAUGCCCUCAAUGAGCAGCGUGUGGAGUUUGCCACCUUGCAGGAAGCCCUGGCCCACGCCCUGAUGGAAAAGGAGGGGAAGGACCAGGAGCUGGCCAAACUUCGUGGGCAGGAGGCAGCCCAGAGAACAGAGCUCCAGGAGCUUGAACAGACUGUGGAGCGACUGAAAGCACAGCUGGCCAAGAAAGAGGAGGAGCGUCAGCAAUCUCUAGGGAUGGCCAGUGGAGACGAACCUUCUGGGUCAGGAGCACAGUCUGAGGGUACUGGAAAGAGCGAGCGAAAAGGGCCUGAGCUGGAGGCUCUGCAGGCAGAGGUGAGCAAGCUGGAGCAGCAGUGCCGGGAGCACCAGGAGAAGGCCUCAGGCCUGGAGCGCAGCCUGGAGUGUGAGCGCGCCUCCCGCGCUGAGCAGGCUGGUGCUCUGGAGGCCUUGCAGGGCCAGUUAGAGGAGAAGGCCCAGGAGCUAGGGCGCAGUCAGGACACCUUAGCUGCAACCCAGAAGGAGUUGGCCACCCUCCGUGCCAAGGCCCAAGACCAUAGCAAGGCUGAGGAUGAGUGGAAGACCCAGGUGGCCCGGGGCCAGCAGGAGGCGGAGAGGAAAAACAGCCUGAUCAGCAGCUUGGAAGAGGAGGUCUCUAUCCUGAACCGCCAAGUCUUGGAGAAAGAGGGUGAGAGCAAGGAGUUGAAGCGGCUGGUCAUAGCUGAGUCGGAAAAGAGCCAGAAGCUAGAGGAGAGGCUGCGCCUGCUCCAGGCAGAGACUGCCAGCAACAGCGCCAGGGCUGCCGAACGCAGCUCUGCUCUGCGGGAGGAGGUCCAGACCCUCCGGGAGGAGGCCGAGAAACAGCGGGUGGCUUCAGAGAGCCUGAGGCAGGAGCUGGCCUCCCAGGCAGAGCGAGCUGAGGAGCUGGGCCAAGAAUUAAAGGCGUGGCAGGAGAAGUUCUUCCAGAAGGAGCAGGCCCUUUCUGCCCUCCAGCUUGAGCACACCAGCACUCAGGCCCUGGUGAGCGAGCUGGUGCCCGCAAAGCACCUGUGCCAGCAGCUGCAGGCUGAGCAGGCGGCCGCUGAGAAACGCCAUCGUGAGGAGCUAGAGCAAAGCAAGCAGGCGGCCAGUGGGCUGCGGGCAGAGCUGAUGCGAGCCCAGCGGGAGCUCGGGGAGCUCGUGCCCCUGCGGCAGAAGUUGGCGGAGCAAGAGCGGGCAGCUCAGCAGCUGCGGGCCGAGAAGGCCAGCUAUGCAGAGCAGCUGAGCAUGCUGAAGAAGGCUCACGGCCUUCUGGCAGAGGAGAACCGGGGACUGGGUGAGCGGGCCAGCCUUGGCCGGCAAUUUCUGGAAGUGGAGCUGGACCAGGCCAGGGAGAAGUAUGGCCAAGAGCUGGCAGCUGUGCGUGCAGACGCUGAGACCCGUCUGGCUGAGAUGCAGCGGGAAGCACAGAACACUGCCCGGGAGCUCGAGGUGAUGACUGCCAAGUACGAGAGUGCCAAGGUCAAGGUUCUGGAGGAGAGGCAGCGGUUCCAGGAUGAGAGACAGAAACUCACUGCCCAGGUGGAGCAGCUAGAGGUAUUUCAGAGAGAGAAAACUAAGCAGGUGGAAGAACUGAGUAAGAAGUUAGCUGACCAUGACCAAGCCAGCAAGGUGCAGCAACAGAAGCUGAAGGCCCAGGGAGGGGAGAGCCAGCAAGAGGCCCAGCGCCUGCAGGCCCAGCUGAACGAGCUGCAGGCCCAGCUGAACCAGAAGGAGCAGGCGGCUGAGCACUACAAGCUGCAGAUGGAGAAAGCUAAGACCCACUACGAUGCCAAGAAGCAGCAGAACCAAGAGCUGCAGGAGCAGCUACGGGGCCUGGAACAGCUGCAGAAGGAAAACAAGGAGCUGCGGGCUGAAGCCGAACGGCUGGGCCGGGAGCUGCAGCAGGCUGGGCUGAAGACCAAGGAGGCCGAGCAGACUUGCCGCCACCUUACCGCCCAGGUGCGCAGCCUGGAGGCACAGGUUGCCCACGCCGACCAGCAGCUUCGAGACCUUGGCAAGUUCCAGGUGGCAACUGAUGCCCUAAAGAGCCGGGACCCCCAGGCUAAGGCUCAGCUGGACUUGAGUAUUGACAGCUUGGAUUUGAGCUGUGAGGAGGGGACUCCCCUUACCAUCACCAGCAAGCUGCCUCGAACCCAGCCAGAUGGCACCAGCAUCCCUGGAGAGCCAGCCUCCCCCAUCUCCCAGCGCCUGCCCCCCAAGGUAGAAUCCCUUGAGAGUCUCUACUUCACCCCCAUCCCUGCUCGGGGUCAGGCCCCACUGGAGAGCAGCUUGGACUCCCUGGGGGACGUCUUCCUGGAUUCAGGCCGGAAGACCCGCUCCGCUCGUCGGCGCACCACGCAGAUCAUCAACAUCACCAUGACCAAGAAGCUAGACAUGGAAGAGCCGGACAGCGCCAAUUCAUCCUUCUACAGCACACAGUCAGCCCCUGCUUCCCAGGCCGGCCCACGAGCCACCUCUUCCACCCAGUCUCUAACCCGCCUGGGCUCUCCUGAGGACGGCAACUCGGCUCUGCUCAGCCUGCCUGGCUACCGGCCCACCACUCGCAGCUCGGCUCGCCGCUCCCAGGCUGGGGUGUCCAGCGGGGCCCCUCCAGGAAGGAACAGCUUCUACAUGGGCACUUGCCAGGAUGAGCCCGAGCAGCUGGACGACUGGAACCGCAUUGCAGAGCUACAGCAGCGCAAUCGAGUAUGCCCCCCACACCUGAAGACCUGCUAUCCCCUGGAGUCCCGGCCUUCCCUGAGCCUGGCUACCAUCACAGAUGAGGAGAUGAAAACUGGUGACCCCCAGGAGACCUUGCGCAGAGCCAGCAUGCAGCCAGCCCAGAUAGCCGAGGGCGCAGGCAUCACCACCCGGCAGCAGCGCAAACGGGUCUCCUCAGAGCCCCACCAGGGCCCUGGUACCCCUGAGUCUAAGAAGGCCACCAGCUGUUUCCCACGCCCCAUGACUCCCCGGGACCGACACGAAGGGCGCAAACAGAGCACUACCGAGGCCCAGAAGAAAGCAGCUCCGGCUGUUAAACAGGCUGACCGUCGCCAGUCAAUGGCUUUUAGCAUCCUCAACACACCCAAGAAACUCGGGAAUAGCCUUCUGCGGAGGGGAGCCUCAAAGAAAGCCCCAUCCAAGGCCUCCCCCAACACCCGCAGUGGGACCCGCCGCUCUCCUCGCAUCGCCACCACUGCAGCCAGCGCCGCCACUGCUGCUGCCAUAGCUGCCGCCACUGCCACCCCUCGGGCCAAGGGCAAGGUAGAAGCACUGACUGGGAAGGGAAGAGGGUAGAUGGGCUCUUAGGAGAAUAGGGGAAACAGGGUACUCCCCCAGGCCACCUCUCAGGAGGCUUCCAAGGUGGGGCCCAGUUAGGCUGCUGGGAGUGGGCUAAGAGAAGGUGCUCUCUUAGUAGCUACCCUCUGAGGACAGGAGAGACAGAGUCAUGUAGCACAGCCAGCAACUGAUAACAUGAUGGUAGAAAUGUCCAGGUCAUACCAAGGGCGGCUCCUAGUCAGCGGGGUUUGGGAGCUAAGAGAGGCCUCCUCGAGGUCAGCUGGUACCUGCUGGCAACACAAAGCUCCUGCCAAGUGACUGUGUCUCUCUCUUUCAGGCAAAGCACUGAAGGGCCAGGACCAGUGAGAGGCCCUACCUGUGUCCUCGGUGCCGACCUCGCCUGGUCCUUUUCCUUCUACUGUCCCUUUCAGUGCCUUCUCUCAGCUCCUAGGCCAACAGUGGCCAAAGCCCUACAGACAGUGAUGCCUGCCCACACACCCGGCCUGGUACCUGGAUCUUCACAGGAGCCUUCGCUAGGUGAACCAGUGUGUUCUCAGAGUUGUCCCCAGAGGCCUGGAGAGUCUGGGUCUUCUCCCUACCUUGCCUCAUGAUGUUUUCUUAGAACAAAGUCACUUCAUCACAACCAGACUUGAGGCUGGCUUUGAGUGGCUGGGCCCAAGGGCCCCGUACUCCUCAGCCUCUGGAUCCAGAAGGGACCACUGGAGGAGCAGGCCCUGGUCCCUGCUGCUCUUGGUGGCUGGGCCUAAGCAGGCCCUUGCUUUUGAAGUCCAGGACUAGGCAUUGACCUAGUGGGUGCACCUAGAGGUGCUCCCAUCCACCCAAGGGCUCAGCUGCCCAGAAGAUGCUCUUUUCCAGAACAGAUGGGCCCCAUGCCUGUGGGUGGCAGUGGGGGGGUGGGAGGGGGGCAGCCUUCAGCUCAUCCCACCUUCCCCAGACUUACACUGGGGUAGGGUUUUGGAGUGAUGGGAAGGUUUUUAAGGGCCAGGGAUGGAUAUUUUCUAAAUGUUAUUACUUGUAAAUAAAGUCUAUUUUUCUCCCUUAAA